UAAACAGAUGUCCAAAAUCAGGGAGUGGUCGUGUUAUCUAUACAUUUCUUUUGCAAUCUAAGUUAUGCUCACAGCACAGCAGAGCAACACAAUCCACUGCAAGCACUAAGCGCUCUACGAAUAAUUACCGUGAUAAAGACCUCUAUAAAAAGAAGAACGGUUUAUUUGCGAGAUUGAGAAUUUAUAGAUUUAUGAAUCGUAUACGGAUGUGCCAAAAGACAAAGACAAAUACGCGCGUGCGCGCGCGCGCGCCGGAGCGCACUGAGAGACUCCUACAAACACGGUGCUAUAGGGGAUAAGGUCUGUUUUAAAAGUUCUUUUGUUCUGCAAGUAAAAACCAAGUCCAAACUUCCAAAAAAAGAGGGUUUGAAUCGAAAUAUGGGUGAAAAAUAUAAGCAAUAAAACGAAAAGGAAAAACUGCAGGCUUUAUAUACUUCAAAUAAUCAUGAAAUUGAAGUUAAUCAGGUUAACGGGACUGCUUCUUCUCAUUUAUGGAGUCUUCUCCACUCUCCAGUCUGACAUCCUGCAUGUGAAAAGGAAACUUGGAGAUUCCUUCACAUUUCCACAAAAGAUUCCUCAGGAUGGAUUUCUCAGAUUUGGCCACUUUGUUACAUUAUCAACUGUAGCACUGAUAUCUAAUUGGAACAUAAGUCGCUUGUAUACGGACAAAUUCUUAGGACGCCUACAAGUGGACAGUGAUGACCGAUCCUUGACAAUCACUCACUUGCGACUUGAGGACAGUGGGAUUUACCAGUUGGAGGACGUCACAGGAGACAAGUUUACCAAAAAUUACAAUUUAACUGUAUAUGUGCCGGUACCAAAGCCUAAAGUGAUUUCUUUCCUGUUUGACAAUGGCAGCUGCAGCCUCUUCUGCUCAGUGGAAAAUGACACAGAAGUUACCGUGUUCUGGCAAAAAGGAGGCAAUUCUGGGGUCCAGGGUAAUAUUUAUGGAAACAUGCUGCUGCUGGAAAAGCAAGAGGCUGAGGAGCAGUACAUGUGUGUGGCAGAGAAUCCCUUCAGCAAGGAGAACAUAACAGUCACAACACAGAAGAUGUGUAAAAAGAAAGAUGAAGAUGGUGAAAAUGUUCAACCAAGGACUCAUUAUAUCAUCACUACAGUAGCAGCUGUAGCCAUCAUCUUCAUAGCCAUUGCACUUUUGUGUGUUUGUCUGAGACGGAAAUUGUUGCAGAAAGAAGGACAAGAAUCUGACAAAAAGGAAAACCAUGAGAUCGACAUCAGCCUUAUUAAUGGUUCAACAAGAUCCAGAAACUGUGAUGAUUUACAAUAUGCAGAGGUUAUGCACCACGAACGAGGGUCCAAGCAGCAGAACCUACGAGAACUGGGUGCAAGUCAGGAAACAAAGUCGAAACUGACAACGGUCUACGGCGAGAUCUCCUAUGCUCCACCACUCACAGAAUGAAGGCCUUGUGGUGGUCUUGGUUUGCUUAUCAUGAAGUAGCCUGAGCCUCGCUGGUGGACUGUUUCACUGAGGCCAGCAAUGGUGACUACAUUUGCCGUGUUGUUUGCAAAGGAAAAGGCCAAGAACUGGAAAGAAAAGAAGAGAUGGAAGUUUAUAUAAUGAAGGAUUUUAAAUGUUGAAAUUGACCGAGUGUGUGGAGGGUCACACACUACUUCACGGUAGAUUUUAUAUUGUUAUGUUAUUUAUCUGUUACUUAUUGUUUGUGAAUGCAGGCUCAUGUAGACACAAGAAGGGCAGAUAAAGUCGACAAGCCAGUGUCCACACUGAGAUCUGAACUUAGUCAUCCCACUAUGACCCCCCCACAGCUCUCUAAUCUCGUCAAAAUGCAAAAUAUAAUUAGGUAUCACCAAAAUGAACAUUUUACAGAAAUGGAAUUGAUCUGUUUAUACCCGAGGCUUUUUGGCCUUUACAAGGAAAUCAUCAUACAUGUCGAUGCACAGAUCUCUUCUAUUAACAAUCGCCAUAGGACAGAGUUCAGUUUGAAACUGCGCCAUAAAAAAUAAAUAAAUAGAUAAAACAAAACCCACACGGGGCAGUGCAGCUAUAGUUUUACAUAAAUGAAAGCCUCGCUAUUGUGUCUUCUUGGUUGGCAUCAGGCCACUAAAUGAGGUUAUUGGUGCAGGAACACAACACGGUCUUUACAGGUCCUUGUCACCAAGCCCAGCCUGGCAGCGGUGACGUUCUCAGAUAGCUCUUCCUUUAUAAACUUCGGGGAAAAGAUCUGAGGCCAAAGACAAAGGAAUAAAGAAGAGCUUAUGAUGAGCGUUGAACCGUAUAACAACAACAACAGCAACAACAAUUUUUAUUUAUAUAGUACAUUUUCAUACAAAUAAUGUAGCUCAAAGUGCUUAAGGUGUUUAAGGUGCAGAAGACAUGGAGUUGGCAAAAAUGGCAAGAGUGACAGUGAGAAAGAGACAGACAGAGAGAGAGAGAGAGAGAGAGAGAGAGGGAGGGAGAUUUCUUACCUUAGUGAAAAGGAAAUAUAAACUCAAUAGCCCAGAAGUGUUUGAGGGAAAAGAUGAGAUACUGGUGUUCACCAGUGUUGUUGGACCCAACCACAUGAAAGGCUUUCAGCUCAAAUUUUGAUCUUUGAAGGCUCAGGAGACUUUACAACAUUCUCAUUUACGUUUCAUAUUAAGAAUCAACUUAUGUUCUUAUAGGAUGUUUCUCCUACAAUUCCUUAGGAAACAAAAAGCAAACACGAGAUACAGCUGAGGUAAAAGGAGUCAAAAUUGAGAAAUUUAGUCUUGAAAAAGCAGGGUAUGUUUGAUGAGAUCUCUUUUUCAUCAUAAUAUCUUUCAAGACUUCAUAUUUUUAUUUCUUGGACUGAUACCUUACCGACCCGGAUUCGCUUCCUGGGUCCUCCCUGC